ACACACACACACACACACACCACCCUGUACACACACACACACACACACACACACACCACCCUGUACACACACACCACCCUGCACACACACACAUACACCACCCUGCACAUACACACUGGUUGUGCCCCACACGUCUUCAGGAAAUCAAAACUGAACAUUUAUUUUGGACUUUCGUUUCUGUUCAUUUGGGUGGAGGAGGACGUGGAGGUGCCCAACUGAAUUUGCCCCAAUAGAAACUCACAUUUUCAUUGCAAGAUGUUUUGCGUUAUGAAGCUUUUUUUUUUGCUAUUGUUUGCUACACUGUGCACUAAUGAAUACACCCAAAGUCUUUAUUAAAGCAGAGGAAAAGGAAUUGUUGUUAUCCUGAUCAAGUUAUAUUGAGUUGAAAUUCUCCAUCCUCCAACUGAACCAUGUCUGGAAACAAGAAAGGACCCCCCACCACUUCUCAAAAGCACCAAGGCUUUGUCACGGACCCAAUAGGAAACCGGUCUGUGAGGGAUGUACCGGGGAUUGGACCCGCACACGGCCGCACGUUGGAGGAGAGGGGCAUGCCUAGGGCUGACCAGUUGUCGGGUGAUUACCUGAAGAGAGUUUGGGACCACGGCCAGUUCCAGGACAAUCUGAAGAAUACCACAGGGGCCAACGCCAAGCAACAGAGGGACGUCUACAAUGGAAUGAGAGAGUGGACCGACAACAACAUGUAGAGGAGAGCAGACAGUCAGCUCCUUGUUGUCUUUCCUUCUCUCUCUCUCUCUCUCUCUCUCU